UACAAAUACAAAAUAUUGAAAGAGAAGCAAAAAGGAAAGAAUGAGAAAAAGAAACCCAGAGAUUUUAGCCUCGUAUAAAUAUUAAUUUUUGUUUUUAGGCCUAAAAAUUUUUAGUUUAAAAGGACUGUAAUUUUCUCUUAAUCUCGCUCCUUCUCUAGAAUCCUCGUUCUCUUGAGAAACUCAGUGGUUGGUUAUGUAGUUUUUCCUUUGGCAAACGAUUUCACGUAAACCGCCUUACGAUCUUCACUUUCUCGCCUUUUCUCUCACUUUCUCUCCCUUUCUCUCACUUUCUCGCAUUUACCUUCUUCAAUGGUAAUGGAUGAUAACGAGAGCUGCGGGAGUAGAGUGCACGAAACGUCGUCGUCGCCUGUUAGGAGUCGGCAACAGCGACAGAAACUCGAGGUUUACAAUGAGGUCCUUCGUCGUCUCAAGAAUUGCAACAACGACGAGGCUAUUCGACCUGGUUUCGACGAUGAACUUUGGGCUCAUUUCAAUCGCCUCCCCGCCCGGUAUGCACUAGAUGUGAAUGUGGAGAGGGCUGAAGAUGUUCUUGUGCAUAAAAGGUUACUGCAUUUGGCUCAUAAUCCUGCUAACAGACCUGCGAUGGAAGUCCGACUUGUACAGGUUCCUCCGAUUUCAGAUGGGAAUUCCACCUCUCCAAUCCAUCCAGGUUCGCCUAGUGAAGAUGUUGCACAAAGUUCUAAUACUGCCAGACAAAGUGUACAUCCACCACCUGCAUUUGGUUCAUCUCCAAACCUUGAAGCACUUGCACUUGAAACAAAUAAUUCUGAUGAUCAAGAUGAGGAAGGUUCUGUGCAUGCCAACACACAAUAUGCUCGACCCAUGCAUGAGAUAACUUUGUCAACGGAUGACAAGCCAAAACUACUGAGUCAGUUGACUUCUUUGCUUGCGGAGAUGGGUCUUAACAUCCAAGAAGCUCAUGCGUUUUCAACUACUGAUGGUUACUCUUUGGAUGUCUUUGUUGUUGAUGGCUGGCCUUACGAGGGAACAGAUCAACUCAAAGAUGCUUUGGAAAUGGAAGUUUUGAAAAUCGAGAGACAGCCGUGGCCAACGCAUCAAACAUCUCCUGUUUCUGAAACCGAUCAUUCAACAGUCAAAUCUGAACCUGACCAUUUGACUAUCCCUGAUGAUGGAACAGAUGUUUGGGAAAUUGAUCUAAAACAUUUGAAGUUUGAGAAGAUGGUUGCAUCUGGGUCCUAUGGUGAUCUAUAUAAAGGUACAUACUGUAGUCAGGAAGUGGCUAUUAAAAUCCUCAAGCCUGAGCGAAUUAAUACAGAUAUGCAGCGAGAGUUUGCCCAGGAGGUCUUUAUCAUGAGGAAAGUUCGACAUAAGAAUGUUGUACAGUUCAUUGGUGCAUGUACUAAGCCUCCAAGCAUGUGUAUCAUUACAGAGUAUAUGUCGGGUGGAAGUGUGUAUGACUACUUGCAUAAGAAACGAGGUUUUUUUAAGCUUCCAACCUUGCUGAAGGUUGCAGCGGACAUUUCCAAGGGAAUGAACUACUUGCACCAAAAUAACAUAAUACAUAGAGAUUUAAAAGCAGCAAAUCUGUUGAUGGAUGAAAAUGGUGUUGUUAAGGUUGCAGAUUUUGGGGUUGCUAGAGUAAAAGCUCAAUCUGGAGUCAUGACAGCAGAAACUGGGACUUAUCGGUGGAUGGCUCCAGAGGUAAUUGAACACAAACCAUAUGAUCACAAGGCUGACAUUUUCAGUUUUGGAGUUGUGUUAUGGGAAUUACUCACUGGAAAGCUUCCAUACGAGUUCUUAACCCCAUUACAAGCAGCUGUUGGAGUUGUCCAACAGGGUCUACGGCCUCCUAUCCCAAAGCAAACUCAUCCAAAGCUGGUCGAAAUCCUUGGGAAAUGUUGGGAACGAGAUCCAGCCUUGCGACCUGACUUUUCUGAGAUUAUAGAUAUACUGCAACAAUUAUCCAAGGAGGUGGCAGACGAAGGAGAUGAACGACGUAAAUCGUCGUCUGGAAGAUUCUUAUCCGUCCUUAGACGGGGUCAUCAUUGAGAGAGAGGUGUUACCAUGGGCUUAUUAUAAUUUAAAUACGUGGGCCACUUUUACCAAUCAUGUACAGUUUUACGUCCAGUUUGUUACUUUCUUUUUUGGGUCUUUCGAUUUAUUAGCUCCUCCAUUUUUUCAUCGACCGUUGCCCUUUUCUUUGGCACAUAUACGUAUACAUACAUAUAUAACAAGGGUAAUGGUUUGGGUGGGCGUUGUACACUUGACAUUAUAUAUUCCGGCUUCAUUAUUAGAAAUGUUGUUCGCGUGA